AUGGCAUUAGGCACACGGCUUACCUACUUUCUGAUUAUUCUCGCUGCUUCCCAGCCUUGCCAAACUCCUGGCUUUGUAGCUGUCACUUCUCCAGGACAUAUCACGAUUGAAGGUUUGUUCCCCAUUCACAAAAAAAUGGUGUCCUCAGAAGACCACGCCAGAAGGCCACAAAUCCAGAAGUGUGUUGGCUUUGAAACAGCAGUCUUUCUCCGAACUCUCGCUAUGAUACACAGCAUUGAGGUGAUCGAUAAUUCCACAUUAUUAUCUGGAAUCAAACUGGGCUAUGAAAUCUACAACACCUGCACAGAAGUCAGAGCAGCAAUGGCGGCCACCCUGAGGUUGCUUUCCAAACUCAACUGCUCCAGAGAAGCUGUGGAGUCUCAGAGCAACUACUCCAGCUACACACCAAGAGUCAAGGCUGUCAUAGGUGCUGGCUACUCAGAAAUAACCAUGGCUGUCUCCAGGAUGUUGAAUGUGCAGCUCAUGCCACAGGUGAGUUAUGAGUCAACUGCAGAAAUCCUAAGUGACAAAAUUCAUUUUCCUUCAUUUUUACGGACUGUGCCCAGUGACUUCCAUCAAACUACAGCAAUGGCCCAACUAAUCCAGAAAUCUGGAUGGAACUGGAUCGGUGUCAUAACCACGGAUGAUGACUAUCAUCCACGACUGGCUCUCGACACAUUUGCAGUUCAGGCUGCAGCAAAUAAAGUGUGUAUAGCUUUCAACGAGGUUCUCCCAGCUUUCCUCUCUGAUAAGACCAUCGAAGUCAGGAUCAAUCAGACACUUCAGAAAAUCAUUGCACAGCCACAGGUUAAUGUCACUGUGGUAUUUCUGAGGAAAUUCCACGUUUUCAAUCUCUUUAAUAAAGCCAUAGAAAGAAAUAUAAAUAAGAUAUGGAUUGCUAGUGAUAAUUGGUCAACUGCUACUAAGAUCAUCACCAUUCCCAACGUUAAAAAGAUUGGCAAAGUUGUGGGAUUUCCCUUUAUAAGAGGGGGUGUGUCCUCUUUCCACUCCUUUCUUCAAACUCUGCAUAUGUAUCCCAGUGACAACAACAAGCUCCUCCAUGAAUACACCAUGCUUUCUUCUGCCCGUGAACACGUCAAAGACAGUGAUUUGAGUCAACGCAUUUCCAACCAUUCUCACAAGAUAUUGACCCACAACGUUCACAAGGCUGUAGAAAGGAACUUGUUCAUGAGAAACAACUUCCUCCAGCAUUACAGAGAACCAGGGCUUCACAGUGUUCAGCUUGCUGUGUUUGCCCUUGCUUAUGCUCUCCGGGAUCUGUGCCAAGCUCGAGUCUGUCAGAACCACACCUUCCAGCCGUGGGAGUUACUUGAUGUGCUGAGAAAUGUGACAUUUGGGGAUGGAGGGGAUUCUUUCCAUUUUGAUGCCCAUGGGGACUUGAACACUGAAUACAAUGUUGUCCUGUGGAAAGAGACCAAUGGCCAGAUGACUGUCACCAAGGUGGCAGAAUAUGACCUGCAGGAUGAUGUCUUCAUCCUCACAAGUCAAGAAACAAAAAAGGAAUUCAGGAAAUUUAAGCAAAUUCUAUCUAAAUGCUCCAAGGACUGCAGCCCAGGACAAAUGAAGAAGACAACCGGAAGCCAACACACCUGCUGCUCUCACUGUGUGAGCUGCCCUGAAAAUCACUACAGCAACCAGGCGGACAUGGAUCACUGCUUCCUGUGCAACAAUGAAAUUCACCAGGCCCCUGUGAGGAGCACCAUGUGCUUUGAGAAGGAGGUUGCACUCCUCAGCUUGGGUGAUGCCUUGGCUGUCCUGCUAGCGGCCUUCUCCCUUCUGGGAAUCGCCCUUGUCCUGGCCAUUGGCAUAACAUUUACACGAACCCUGAACACACCUGCUGUGAAAUCUUCCGGGGGAUUACUGCUGUACUAUGUGAUCCUCCUCUGCCAUUUCCUCAACUUUGCCAGCACUGGCUUCCUCGUUGGAGAACCACGAGACUUCACAUGUAAAACCAGGUAGACGUUAUUUGGUGUGAGCUUGUGUGUCUCUUGCAUUUUCAUGAAGUCCCUAAAAAUUCUGUUGGCUUUUAGCUUUGACCCCAAGUUGCAGAAUACCCUCAGGUGCCUCUGUAAACCGGUGCCCAUUGUCAUUUCAUGCACAGGAAUCCAGGUCCUCGUCCGCAUGCUCUGGCUCACCUUCGCAGCACCUGUGGUGGCGGAGAAUGUACCCCUGCCCAGGGUCAUCAUACUUGAAUGCCAUGGGGGGUCAGUGCUGGCAUUUGGCAUCAUGCUGGGCUACAUCGCUAUCCCAGCCUUCGUUUGCUUCAUAUUAGCCUUCAAAGGCAGGAAGUUACCUGAGAAUUACAAUGAAGCCAAAUUCAUAACCUUUGGCACGCUCAUUUACUUCAUAGCAUGGGUCACUUUCAUCCCUGUCUAUGCUACCACGUUUGGCAAGUAUCUGCCUGCUGUGGAGAUUAUCGUCAUCCUAAUAUCCAACUAUGGGAUCCUAUGCUGCACGUUCUUCCCCAAAUGCUAUAUCAUUCUUUGCAAGCAAGAGACUAACACAAAGUCUGCCUUUCUCCAGUUAGUUUACAGCUACUCUUCGCAUAGUGCCGACAGCCUUACUGUGAGUCACCCUUCCCUGAACUCCACCAACAGCAGCUUCACGGUGAGCCACACCAGCCCUGGUGGCAAGUGUGCAGCCUGGCAGAGAACCAAAGACCUUCAGGUACAAGCACUUGAACACCUACGCAAAGAAAAUGCUGCAAAUACGUCUAAAGCUUUGCCUCAGAGAAGAACUUUGAGUAUAUGA